AUGCCAGGCUCAGUAGGGAGCGAGGAAUUUGAUGGCGAAGAGGUAUUCAUCGUAGACAUCGAUGCCAUCCAAGCCCACGGCAUUGGCGCGGCAGACAUCACGAAAUUGAAAGCCAAUGGCUUCUACACUGUCGCCUCCGUUCAUGGGGCAACCCGCAGAACCCUCUUGAAGAUCAAAGGUUUCAGCGAAGUCAAGGUCGAGAAGGUCAAAGAAGCCAUCCAGAAAUGCCUUCCCUCUACCUCAGGCUUCAUCACCGCAAUGGAGCUCCACCAUCAGCGCAAAAAGGUCGUCCGCAUCUCAACAGGAAGCCAACAAUUCGACUCCAUCCUCAACGGCGGGUUUCAAAGCAUGAGCAUCAGCGAAGUGUUCGGUGAAUUCCGCUGCGGCAAGACCCAACUCAGCCACACGAUGUCUGUAGUAGCACAGCUACCCAAGGAAAUGGGCGGCGCAGGUGGAAAGGUCGCAUACAUCGAUACCGAGGGAACGUUUCGACCAGAGCGCAUUGCUCAGAUCGCCGAGCGGUUCGGUAUAGAUCCUGACACCGCGCAGGAAAACAUUGCGUACGCACGAGCAUUGAACAGUGAGCACCAGCUUGAGUUACUCAACUCGCUGAGUCGAGAGUUCGCUGGAGGCGAGUUUCGAUUGCUUGUCAUUGACAGCAUCAUGAACUGUUUCCGGGUUGAUUACUGUGGACGCGGGGAGCUGGCCGAUCGACAGCAAAAGUUGAAUCAGUUUCUUAUGAAGCUGGCGCAUAUGGCGGAAGAGUUCAAUGUUUGUGUUCUGAUGACGAAUCAGGUCCAGAGCGAUCCUGGCGCGAGUGCACUUUUUGCUAGUGCUGAUGGCCGCAAGCCUGUCGGUGGACAUGUCCUUGCUCACGCUUCUACUACUCGGGUGCUUCUGAGGAAGGGUCGUGGUGAGGAGCGCGUUGCAAAGAUUCAAGAUUCUCCUGAUUGUCCUGAGCGCGAGGCAGUUUACAUCAUCACUAAUGGCGGCAUCAAUGAUCCCGAGAAGGUUUGA